AUGGAGAAUCAACGCCGCGUACCCAGGCGCCGCAAACCUUCGUAUCUCGUGCAACAAGAUGAGAGAAAAAAGCUUGAGCAAGAGCUGAGGGUUCUCCGCAGUCAUUUUGCGAAGAUCCAGGCUCGUCCAAGGAGCGCUCGGGCUCAAAUUUUGGACGUCACAGGCCGGAAUAAUUCCCUCCGAGAUAUUAUACAUAACCAACAGCUAAUAGUGGCCGAGGCCCAGUCGUUACUCGCAGGGAUGCAGGAGAGUCAUAUCGGAAGUCCAUUAUGCAGACACAUCUACUUGCCUAGAGAAUGGCGUGAUCGACGUCAAACACUGCUGAGCCUCAAAAGUGAUAUGAUCACAAGGGGUUGCCAAUAUGUGGUGGCUCGGAGUCAGCAUCUCGACCUCCUAAAACCUCAGCUAAUGGACCACCGGUACGAAGACACCCACGGCAACUUUUGCUGUGAUCGAUUUGAGUUUUUCCAUUUCACGGGCGUGCAGUCAAUGAGACAGGUGUUUGAAGCUAUCAAAUACUUCAUGCUGAACAUGGAGAUCACUAUUUCGGAAGCUUUGGGACACACGACUGUUCGUGAAGACUACGACACGAUGGAUGACAGCACUUCAAUGUGGAACUACCGAUUAGUGUCGACGGAUACCCAUGGGAUUACGUCCGAGGUGAACAAGGUCGUGCUGACGGAAUACCUCGAAGAGUCGGCAAUGAUGGAUGGGAGACCUUGUGCAGUGAUGGUCACAGACAGCGUUGACGUUGAUGACCUGUACCCAUACGAUUCUGAAAAGAGAGUGCGGAUCGAUAUUAGUGCGACUACUGUGCUCACCCAAAUGACGUGCAAAUCGUCAAAAUCGACGGAGAGAGAGCAGCAAAUUCGUAAUGCGGCCGAUAAGGAUGAAGUUAGGGCUGAAGGCAGUAAUGAGAUCGUGGUUGUGAUGCAGCGUGCUGCAUUUAUGAAGAUACACAGACCUGCGUUUGAACUUUCAAGAAACGCCGUGCGCUCGCUGAAGGAAGGUAUCGCGAGCUGGGGUGAGGUCGAAGUCCAGUCGAUCCGAAAAGCUGUCAAUGGUUAG